GCCACCAUGUCUGGACGCGGCAAGGGCGGGAAGGGUCUCGGGAAAGGUGGCGCCAAGCGCCACCGCAAGGUGCUCCGCGACAACAUCCAGGGCAUCACCAAGCCCGCCAUCCGCCGCCUGGCCCGGCGCGGCGGCGUCAAGCGCAUCUCGGGGCUCAUCUACGAGGAGACCCGCGGGGUGCUCAAGGUCUUCCUGGAGAACGUCAUCCGCGACGCCGUCACCUACACCGAGCACGCCAAGCGCAAGACCGUCACGGCCAUGGACGUGGUCUACGCGCUCAAGCGCCAGGGCCGCACCCUCUACGGCUUCGGGGGCUAAACUUCGGUUUGGCUCCCAGUCCCCAAACCCAAAGGCCCUUUUCAGGGCCGCCCACAAAAGUCACGGAAGGGCUGUUGUGCGUUACGAGAAUCGUUACUUUUCAUCUGUGAGAUCGCGCCUGAGACCUGCGGGUAGUUUUGCGACUAGUCCAACAUAACAGUAACUGCGUUCUGCCGCUGUAGACAAAGGAACCUUCCUCCAGAGCCGGGAAGCGGAGUCUCGGGGUGUGCCCGGGCCGCAGGGACCCGGGACGGCUCCCGCCUACUGGCUCCCGCGGCACAGCAACGUCCGCGAAGCUCGUUGCGUAUUGGCUGGAGCCGCCCCAGGGCUUGAGGGCUGCCUGUUAACCCUAGGUAUGCCAAACCGACGAGGCGGAGAGGUGGCGCGGGGUCGCUGUAGAGGGCGACGGCCUGACGAGGCUAGUCCGCGUCCCUCCUGGCCUGGCGGAGUCCCACCACCUUAGCGACUCCGCAGUUUCCUGCAUUAGCGCACAGACUAGCUCCAAGCUGUGCACGAAGGCAGUUCCUUGAACUCUCUCAGGAAUGAGAAUGUGGCUCCUGGCCCGGCCAAGGCAGAUCAGGUGCAGUCCUCCCUUCGGCCUCCCUUUACAGGGUCAGCCACCAGGGCACAGCUCUCCCACACGCCCAGUUUUUCCCAUGCUCAUUCCCUUCUCCAGGAAAGCAAGCAGGGGCCAUCAAGGCCAGUCCCCGACAGACGGCGGAGUCUCUUACCCCCUGCGCCUGGCAGUCUUCACCAGGGCCUCUCGGAGCGGGUGGGUUGAGUUUCCCUCUCUGUCCCGAGAAGAGCCCUGGCAGCCGAAGACCUCUGGAACCCAGCCACAGCUAUUAUCAAGGCCACUCUCCACACACUUGACAAGCCUCACGCAUGAAGGAACCGGCAGAGGAACCCAGGUGUGCGGGACCCGGGUCUGAGAUAUCCAAACCUGCUUGGAUCAGGACUGGACCUUUUCCACCCAGAUCCCCCAUUUUCCAGUAGGUAGGCCGUCACACCCACAAACUGCCCACAUCUUAUAGCCUAUUUCUCCCUCUCGGGGAACCUGGCCACCUACCAAUAGUUUCCUGCCCACAGUGGAGAACCUGGCAGGCUCCCGGUGGCGUAUUCAUAUGCCAAAUACAGUAACAAUGAUGGGUCUCAUACUCCUGACCCUGAAAGAGCCUCUAAUGCGGCACCAUUGGGAAGGACAAGAGAGGCUGCUAAAAUCUCAGGGCUAGGAUGAAUGGAGACAUUACUGGACCCGCUCGAGCAAAUCGAUGAUCAAUGGGAUAAUAGUGAUAGUGAAGUUACAGAGAGGAAUAAAAUAUUAGCUACUGGGGGAUUCAAACAAUAAAGGUUUCCUUGUAGCUCUGAAAUAAGGAUGCCAGGAUGUAUGGGUUCAAGUAAAAGUUGUUUUUACACUUGAUCUUAGCCAAAAAGGCCAAGAAGUGAUCAAGUAAAAGCUGUUUUUUCCUGGCCUCUCUCUGGUUGACCUCCUGCCUACUAGCUGUGUCCUUACACGGCCUUUUUUGGUAGAUGUCUGCCAGGAAAAUGGGCUUUUUCCUUUUGACAAGGAUUUAAAGCCACCAAUUCGUUAUGCUGGAUUAGAACACCUUUAAGGAGGUUAAGCUUAAUUACCUCCUAAAAAUACUAUCUCCUAAAAAUAGUCACUCUGCAGUGUGGGGCUUCAACAUGAAUUUGGAGGAGGGAGGGUCACAUAAUUCAAUCCAUAGCAAAUGCCUUUUCCACAGAGUGGUUAGGAGGCUUGAAGGUAAGAAUAGUUUUAAUUCCAUAGUUUUAGUUCCACACAACCAAAAGCAUUCCAGCACAGUCCUAAGCACAGGAUGUGCCAGAUAAAUAUUAGCUUUUGGUCUUAAUCUAAGAUCCAAUUCAUUCUUUAUAUAGCACCUUCCCAAAGAAAGAUUGCAACCAGGCCCACUGUUUUUUGGUGGUUUUUUUGGUGUUUUUUUUUUUUUUUGUUUUUUGCUUUUUGGGUCACACCCGGCAAUGCUCAGGGGUUACUCCUGGCUCUGCAUUCAGGAAUUACCCCUGGCAGUGCUCAGGGGACCAUAUGGAAUGCUGAGAAUCGAACCAGGGUCGGCCGAGUGCAAGGCAAACACCCUAUUGCCAUGCUAUCACUCCAGACCUCAGUCCCACUGUUUUUGCAACAGUUAAUUCUUACAAGGUUUUGGCUUAAAAAAAAAAAGGGGGAAAAUGGGGCUGGAGCGACAGCACAGUGUAGGGCUUUUGCCUUUCAUGCGGCCGACCCGGGUUCAAUUCCUUCACCCCUCUCGGAGAGCCCAGCAAGUACCGAGAGUAUCAUGCCCGCACAGCAGAGCUGGCAAGCUACCUGUGGUUUAUUGACAUGCCAAAAACCAGUAACAAUAAGUCUUACAGUGAGAGACGUUACUGGUGCCCACUCGAACAAAUUGAUGAGCAACGGGAUGACAGUGACAGGGGAAAAUGAAAUUUUAAUUAUUUUUGUUUGAGCCUACUAGGUUAAUAAUUCCUUUAAAAUUCUCAAUAUAAUGCUGUAAAUAUUUAAAUAAGAAAAUAGUUAAAUAAAGAUGUAGGGGGACUGGAGUGAUAGUACAGUAGGUAGGGUGCUUGUCUUGCCGGAGCCUGACUGGGGUUAGACCCUCAGCAUCCCAGCCAGGAAUAACCUCUGAGCAUUGCUGGGUGUGGCACAAAAAACAAACAUCCAAAAGCCUAAACACAAAACAAAAUAAAUGAUUUAUGCACAAAGAUGUAAGGUCUGUACGAUCUAUAAUGCAUUCAGAUGGAACAUAGUCUAAAUAGCCAGUCACAGAGGACUAAUAAUGUAAGCUGUCCCGAGCACAUUAUGUGUGACUUCAGUGGCACCCAAACAUCACUGGCCUGAGCACCACAAACCUAAGGGACAAAUUCCUUGUCCCAGGACAAGUGGCCCCAGGCACAGGUGAGGCC